AUAAAUACAUUGACACUUGUGCUUUAAUUUACUCAUCCAUAUUUUCUCUAUCUGUCAAAACUUAGAGAUAAAAUAAACAAUGGCGGGUGGAAUAAUAGUUGAUAGUGGAAAAGUAGGUAAAGACUAUCCAGGAAAAUUAACUGGUUAUGUCUUUUUGAGUUGCCUUCUUGCAGCUGCCGGAGGUUUGAUCUUCGGUUAUGACAUCGGGAUUUCAGGUGGAGUCACAUCAAUGCCUAUGUUUUUGGAGAAAUUUUUUCCUUCAGUUUAUAGACAACAGAUGGCAGAUUCUGGAACGAAUCAGUAUUGUAAAUUCAAUAGCGUCAAAUUAACUAUGUUCACAUCCUCUUUAUACUUGGCUGCAUUAGUAGCUUCUAUUGUGGCAUCCACAGUCACUAGAAAGUGGGGCCGUAAGCGAUCCAUGUUUGCUGGAGGUCUCCUCUUCCUCGCCGGUGCCGUUGUUAAUGCCGCUGCUCAAAACGUUGCCAUGCUUAUAAUCGGUCGUAUACUUCUUGGUUUUGGCAUUGGCUUCGCUAAUCAGGUACGUACUCUCGAACGACUCCGUAACCAAUAUUUUUACUGUUCAGUAAUUGGAAUUGCAAUAUGUUUUACCUGA